GCGACUUCCGUGCGCUGAAGAGGCAGGCAGGCAGGCAGGAGCCGCAGCGAUGCCUCCGAAAGGGAAAGGCGGCGGCAAAGCGGGGAAAGGAGGAACAUCCUCUGGCAGUGAUGCUGCUGAUAAGAAGGCCCAGGGCCCCAAAGGGGGUGGCAGCACUGUAAAGGUGAGGCAUAUUUUAUGUGAGAAGCACAGUAGAGCCCUGGAGGCCAUGGAGAAACUGAAGGCUGGGAUGCGCUUUAGUGAAGUAGCCGCCCAGUACAGUGAGGACAAAGCCAGGCAAGGGGGAGACUUGGGCUGGAUGAGCAGGGGCUCCAUGGUAGGACCUUUCCAAGAUGCCGCCUUUGCCUUGCCUGUCAGCAGCAUGGACAAACCUGUAUAUACAGACCCUCCCGUCAAAACCAAGUUUGGCUACCAUAUCAUAAUGGUUGAAGGGCGAAAAUAAAAAAGUGUUGCGUGA